AUGAGUGGGAUUAAGGGAGUGUUCAAGGAGGGCUGGCACCCCAAGGGUAAAGAAGGGCAAAAGGAGAGCUGGCGGGGUGACUUCAAAGGCAUUAACCAAGUGGCUGGAUGGAUGGGGAAAGGCAAAGACAAGGAUAGCGAGCGUGACGAACAUGUCUCCCGGCCUCUCUCGUCGCUCAAAGACCCAGCGGCCUUUGGGCCACCACCGAAGCAUAUCAAAUAUCACGGCGCCGCUGCUAAACCAGCACCCCCUCCGUUACCGUACCGUGCAAACCGGACAGGUGUUGAUCCAAGUACCCUCCCCCCUCCUCCCGUUAGACGCACAGGGUCACCAGCAGAUUCUGCGGCUUCUGGAGCUAAGCCCAGCAUCCCACCCCGAAUUCCUCCACGGACCAAUUCCACGCCACAGUCCCAUUCACCUACUCCCCCUCCUGCAUACUCUCCUCAUCCUACUACAGAACAAUCCUCUGAUGGCUACCUGAAUCAAGGGGCUACAUCCCGCCUUGCUCAGGCGGGAGUUUCUGUUCCAUCUCUGGGAAUUGGAAACCGUGGCGAUUCACCGAGGUCUGCGUCCCCAGCUGCUGGUGGGUCAAUCGGUCAAGCUCCAGUCAGCGAACUGCAAACGCGCUUCUCGCAAAUGAGGACCAAUUCCGGCAGUCCGUCUCGACCUUCUCCCCCGCCGGCCCGGGGGAGCCUAUAUGGACGUGAGUCCUCCACCGUGUCUGCAUCAGAUGCCCACAGCGCUACGUCCGCUAUUAAGGACUUCCGCGAGAAACAUGACGACAAGAUUCAAGCAGGAAAGCAGAAGCUCAGUGGUUUCAAUGAGAAGUACGGGAUCUCCCAGCGGGUAAACAGCUUCUUUGACGACCGGAAGGGCUCCACACCUUCGGACCAAGCGCCACCGCCCGUGCCUCCUCAUCCCAAUCUCAGUCGUUCCAACUCUAGCGUUGACACCGAGUCCAUUAGUCGAAAGAAGGCUCCACCACCGCCUCCCCCCAAGAAGUCAGGAAUGCGAUCUACUCCGGUGAAUGCAUCGUCCCCAACACCUCCUCCGGUGCCACUUGGAACCAAGCCGCGCUGA